GAGCUGCGGGAGACCAAGCGCCGCCACGAGACCCGGCUGGUGGAGAUCGACAACGGGCCACAGAGCAACCGCUGGGAAGCGCUGCAGGAGCUGCGCAGCCAGCACGAAGCCCAGAUCAGGCUUUACAAGGAGGAGCUGGAGAAGACCUACGGGGCGAAGCUGGAGAACGCCAAGCAGUCGGCUGAGAGGAACAGCAACAUGGUGGGUGCUGCCCACGAGGAGCUGCAGCAGACCCACAUCCGCAUCGACAGCCUCUCCUCGGAGGUCAGCCAGCUGCAGAAGCAGUUGGCCGCCAAGGAGGCGAAGCUGCACGAUUUGGAGGAUAUUCUGGCCCGGGAACGCGAGACCCAACGGCGCCUGCUCUCCGACAAGGAGCGGGAGAUGGCCGAGAUGCGGGCACGCAUGCAGCAGCAGCUGGACGAGUACCAGGAGCUGCUGGACAUCAAGCUGGCUCUGGACAUGGAGAUCAACGCCUACCGCAAGCUGCUGGAGGGCGAGGAGGAGCGGCUGAGGCUGUCCCCCAGCCCCUCCUCCCACAAAGGUGCAUCCCGUAGCCACUUGUCCACCCCAGGCUCCUCCAAGAAGAGGAAGCUGGAGGACAGCGAGAGUCGGACCAGCUUCUCCCACCACGCCCGGACAAGCGGCCGCGUUGGCGUGGAGGAGGUGGACUUGGAGGGCAGGUUCGUCCGUCUCAGGAACAAGUCCAAUGAGGACCAGGCGAUGGGGAGCUGGCAGAUCAAGCGGCAGAAUGGAGACGAUCCCCCCAUCACCUACCGCUUCCCCCCAAAGUUCACCCUGAAGGCUGGGCAGGUGGUCACGAUCUGGGCCUCAGGGGCUGGGGCGACCCACAGCCCCCCCAGCAACAUGGUGUGGAAGGCCCAGAGUAGCUGGGGCUCCGGGGACAGCCUGCGCACCGCCCUGAUCAACUCCAACGGGGAGGAGGUGGCCAUGCGGAAACUGGUCCGCACAGUGAUCAUCAACGAUGAAGAUGAGGAUGAGGAUGACGAUGAAGUUAACAUCCACCACCGCCAUCACCACGGCAGCUGCAGCGGCUCUGGGGACCCCGGUGAAUACAACCUCCGCUCGCGCACGGUGGUCUGUGGCAUGUGCGGUCAGCCGGCCGAGAAGUCGGGCAGCCAGAACACCGGUGUCAACACCGUGUCCUCGGGAUCCUCCACUUCCAGCGUGACCGUCACCCGCAGCUACCGCAGCGUUGGUGACUCUGGCAGCAUCGGCCUUGGGGACAACCUGGUGACCAGGACCUACCUCCUGGGGAACUCCAGCCCCCGUAGGCAGGCUCAGGCUGUGCAAAACUGCAGCAUCAUGUAA